CGUAACUGCGUCGCGGACUCCAGCAGGAUGCAGCGGGACAAGACGAACAACGCUAGCGCGGCUGAAAAGCCCGACCGGGAGGCCGCCAUCAUGUCCAAGUACUACGACGGAGUGGAGUUUCCUUUCUGCGACGAGUUCUCCAAGUACGAGAAAAUGGCCAAGAUAGGACAGGGAACCUUUGGGGAGGUGUUCAAAGCAAAGCACCGGCAGACGGGCAAGAAAGUCGCCCUGAAGAAAGUGUUGAUGGAAAACGAGAAGGAAGGGUUCCCAAUCACAGCUCUGAGAGAGAUCAAGAUCCUUCAGCUGCUCAAACACGAGAACGUCGUCAAUCUGAUCGAGAUCUGCAGAACCAAAGCCACUCAGUUCAACAGGUACAAAGGAAGCAUCUACCUGGUGUUUGACUUCUGUGAGCACGACCUGGCCGGGCUGCUGAGCAACGCCAACGUCAAGUUCACGCUGGCUGAGAUCAAGAAGGUGAUGCAGAUGCUGCUCAACGGGCUGUACUACAUCCACAGGAACAAGAUUCUUCACAGAGACAUGAAGGCUGCCAACGUGCUCAUCACCAGAGACGGCGUCCUGAAGCUGGCCGACUUCGGUUUGGCUCGAGCCUUCAGCCUGGCCAAGAACAGCCAGGGGAACCGCUACACCAACCGCGUUGUGACGCUGUGGUACCGCCCCCCAGAGCUGCUGCUGGGUGAGCGAGAUUACGGGCCUCCCAUCGACCUGUGGGGAGCCGGCUGCAUCAUGGCCGAGAUGUGGACCCGGAGUCCGAUCAUGCAGGGGAACACGGAGCAGCACCAGCUGACCCUCAUCAGCCAGCUGUGCGGCUCCAUCACGGCUGAGGUGUGGCCCACCGUGGAUAAGAAGUACGAGCUGUACCAGAAGAUGGAGCUGCCCAAAGGCCAGAAGAGGAAGGUGAAGGACCGGCUCAAAGCUUACGUCAAAGACCCGUACGCUCUGGACCUCAUCGACAAGCUGUUGGUGCUGGACCCGGCGCAGCGCAUCGACAGCGACGACGCCCUCAACCACGACUUCUUCUGGUCCGACCCGAUGCCCUCCGACCUCAAGAACAUGCUCUCCACCCACAACACGUCCAUGUUCGAGUAUCUGGCCCCGCCCCGGCGGAGAGGACACAUGCCCCAGCAGCCGCCUAACCAGAACCGGAACCCGGCCACCACGAGCCAGACCGAGUUCGACCGCGUGUUUUAGACCCACUCGUUUUUCUUCCAGCCGUUUGUGGAUUAACCGGGAACAGACGGACUGUUUUCCUUGUCCGUGUUUAGAUCCUCACUGCAUGUUUAAGGCAAAACUUUUCUUUUUUUUUUUUCCUACAGCUGCUCAUUUCUCUGUGUUACAGAGUCUUUAUUUAUAAAAACUGUUUUUAUUUAAGACAUCAGGUCACUUAUUCCUCUGCCACAAAGGGACACGCCUGCAUACCUGAAGUAAAGUGGUUCUUUUCCUUGAAUGAACCUGGCAGCAUGUGAUCUGUUAGAUGGAGAAUUACUCCAGCAGCUGGAGUAAACAUCUGUAAGAGGAAAUCCACCACAUGGACUGAAUCUACCUUUAGGACGUGAAGAAGUGACUGAAAGACUGAAGUGCCUCCAGCAGGUGGCAGCAUCACAUCACUGUAUAUCCCUGUACAGCACAUGUACAUAAUUAUUUUCUUUUUUUUAUACUCAGCAAAGAUGAAACCAGAGAAAAAAAGAUUUUAAACUGUUUAAUGUGAAAUUCUGGUCAAUAAAAUGUUUCAAACACA